GUGGCUCCUCCUCUUGGCCUUAUUAGCAUGGGCAAAUCACCAGUAUAAAAUCCUGUCCAUGUCCCGCAGUGGCAACACGGACCUCGGGAAUCCUGGCAGUGCCUUCCUCAGCCCGGUGCUCUUUGCAUCCUCAUCCUCCCCUCCAGCUGUACCCAUGUCAGGCGUCAUGGAGCCACCAGCCAUGCUGGAGGGUGGGAAUGCUCCAGAGAAGAGGAGAUCCACGUGUCUGCGGGUUGCUUUUCAUGCUCUCAUUUUUGUGUUGAUUAUUAUCUCAGCCCUGGUUCCCAUCGCCUUCUGUUUGCUCUAUCAUCAGCAGGCACCAGGGUCAUGCUGGGCACAUGGAUCUCUAAAGGAGGACUCUUCAGAAGAACCCGGAGUUUUGAUCUGGAACUGGAAAUUAGAGCACUGCAAUGGGAUUGUGCAGGGCCAAGAGCAGUACCUCAUCAUCCAGCAGAGUGGCAAAUACUUCAUCUAUGCUCAGCUCUACCGCAAGGAGACACUCAAAGAUUCUUUGACAAUGAUGCUUUACAAAAACCAAACAAUUGUCCUCAACAACGUUGUGGGAGCUGUGAAUGGCACAGUAAACUUUGCAAGACCCUUUUUCCUGCAGAAGGGAGAUAAGCUGCACUGUAAGAAAAAUGACAAAAACACAUACAGCCUGCUAGAGGAUCAGACUUACUUGGGCCUGUUUAAAAUGUAGCAGGACUGCUCUGAGUCAGCUCCUCCCUUAUUUCCUCCAGGAAACCUUAGGUCGUGGAUGAGGAAUCUGGGAUGCUUCUUUGGGUGAAAUUCAGCUUGCUGGAGUAAGCUCGUGUCCUGCAGUGACAGUGAACAGCAAACUCUGGUAAUGAUGGAUGGCUGCUGAUGGACACAAAGCAUGAGAAAAAAUGGAGGGAAAAAACCCUCAAUGCGCUGUGGGGUUGACUCUGAGAUCCUGGAAAAACAAGUCCCUAUAUUCAACCUGUUCUGAGCUGGGGAGGAGCUCUACUCUGCAGCUGGCUGCUUUUCAGAGCUGGGUACCUUGGUCAGUCCCCCGGGUCCCUUCUAACAAGAGGUGCUACAUAAAGACAAGAUAUUUUAUAUCCUUCCCGCACAACCUGCCAGUGAAGAACCGUGUCCACAGCAGAGGGACAAAAUGGUUCAGAAACAGCACAAGAAAAGCUUCUCAGCCCCCUCCACAGCCUUGGCACUAGCAAGGAAAACACGCCAGGGAAGCUCCAUCUCCACGGGCAGUUCAGAGCACGGGGAGCUGUCCAGUGAAGUUCAAGCAGGGCAAAUCCAAGGCAGCUCCAUGCCCCGGUGCAGACAGCCCCAGCACAGGGAGCUGGGAUGCAGCCCAGGCAGAUGCCAGCAGGGAUGGAUCGCUGCUGGCUGAUCCAAAGCAGCACAAAGCUGAGGCUGCUCAGUGUCAGAGAGGUUGUGGAGGAGAGCUGAAGAUAGAGGAGAGUGAGCACAGAGUGGAGACAAGAGGACGGAGGCUCGGAGAACUGUUCCCAGAAUUUUCUUUUCUCUGCUGCCUAGUGGGUGUUGCAAGCAGGGCAGGGCAGACAUGGUCCUGCUGUGAAAUGGGGAAGGGUUGAGCAUCCCCCCUCUCCGCAGACACAGCUCAGACAUCCAGCACAAAGCACUGCCAGCACCACAGCAGGGAAAUCAUGAGCCAGCAGGGAAGCAGGGCACGCUUCCCCUGCUCACUGCAGGGUCUGUCUGCUGUGCUUCCCCAAAUGAAUCACCUGCAGAUCACAGGAACACCUCAGAACCUCAGCAAAGGCCAAGUGCUCUCAGAAGAGCGGGGGGCUGCAGGACAGCCCAGCUGCCUCACAGCCUCUUUCCUCCUCUCCCUUGCCUGGGCAGGCUCUCCCUGGGGCUCUGGUUUUUGCUUUCCUGCCUCCUGGACCUUCGUGGGUGACUACUCCUACCGCUAGUCCUACCACCAUGGAUUUUCAUGGGAAAGCAAAGCAACUGAGAAGUUGGAUGGAAAGAAAUGAUUGCUUGGGGUGGACUGAGGCAGUUAGGAGUGCUAUUUGCUCUUAUACUUUUAUAUUCUAUGUAUUGUAACUUCAGAAUGUAGAGUCACGUUUUUGCAGUUUGUCUGUAGUCCUGUGUUCAGUUUCAUAUAAGGUAUUACCAAUUAAAAUUAUACUUUAGCUC